GCGUUGUUGCAGAGUCACUGCGACUGUUUCGACUGUAAACAAGGGAUAUCACGGAGAAAACUCAGGAAUCGGGCCUCAACAUCUGCGCAGUUCAUCCCUGUUUUUUUUCACAGCUGAUAUUAAUUCGUGAGUGAUUUCGUGAGACGAGUCUAGCCAUCCGAGCUCAGUCUUUUUCCUAAAGGCACAGGUCGUGUUUUUUUUUUUUUAGCGGAGACAGACAGUUGCUCAGAGCUAGCCUCUCGAGCUAGCCACUCGGUCCCUUCAGCUUGCCUUAGCUUGUCGAUAGCCUUUCUGGCUACUCAACAUCUGAGGGCCUGUUUGUGAGGGAAAAUCACUUUAUGCCCUGGGUAUAUCUCUCUCUUCAUUGCGACCAGGAUAUCCUGAACCCUGGGUGGCUGGUCAGAGCGGCCUCCUCCCACCAUGGAGGCAGGAGGGAAGGACUGUGAAGAGGAAACACUGCAGACGGCGUUUAAGAAGCUGAGGGUCGAUGCUGAGAGCGUACCUGGAGCUGUGAGUGUUUCGGAGGCGCUGGCUCCCAGAGGAGCGUCGCGACCUUGUCUCGACACCAGCGGAGCGAAGCCCAAACUCAGCUGCCCGAAGGACAACUGGCAUGGCUGUAUGAGGAAAACUUCCAGAGGAGCAUCCAGAACCCAGCGGCGUCGGAGAUCCAAGUCCCCCAUCCUCCACCCCCCAAAAUUCACCUACUGCAGCACCGCCGCAGCCUCUGCACUGUCGCCCCCUAGUGGCUGCCUGAAGCACCAGCGCCUGGUCGUGCCUGAGCCCGUGGAGCCCCAUCCUCCGGUCGAUGGAAGAACAGCCUCCUCCGCCGCUCUCCCGGCCCAGAAAGAGCUCUCUUCUUCAGGCACACCCGGCCACAUCUCUCCUCUGGUUUUUGGAUCUUGCGCUGGGUAUGAAACACGUAUUGGAGCUGUGGUUUCCUCGCCAGAGAUCCACACUAUCACUUCUGCUGCGACAUCAUCCAGGCAGGAGGGGGAAAGCUCUGGAGACGUCAAGUCGAGCGAGGAGGGCGGUCCGGAGAAAAGUGCCUGUGAUGGAGCGGAUCCUGGAGCGGAAGCAGCUCGGAGAUCUGGACCCGUCGAGGCCACUGACUUCCGAGCUUUAUCCGAGCUCCACUGCUCUGCAGACGGCCCCCACCUGCCCUGCUCCUGUGCCCAGAGAAGCAGUUCAGAUUCCCAGGAGGAGAGCCAGCAGGGGGCUGAAUGUCAGUGCCGGUCGCACCAUCAGGGCUGGCACGGCGUGGAGGUGUACUCCUUCACGGGGCUCCGCAACGUCAUCUCAGAGUGCGAGACGAGCCUGCCGAGCCACGACGGCGCCCCCAGAACUCUCAGCACCAACAGUAACGCCACCGCCGCUUCUUCGUCACCUUCGCCGUCACCGCCGUUGUCGUCGGGCUCUCCCCGCUCGUGUUCGGAGCAGGCGCGGGGCUACGUGGACGACAUCACGAUAGAGGACCUUUCUGGCUACAUGGAGUAUUAUCUAUACAUCCCCAAGAAGAUGUCACACAUGGCUGAGAUGAUGUACACUUAAAAAAAAAUCUAAAUAUUAUUAUUAUUAUAAUAUGAAAUAAGGAAAUAAUAAAGUAAAGAGGUUUUUUUUCUGUUAUUUAGAGAAAAGGUGGCCUCGGAGGAAUGUCACUGUUGGAUAGAAGAAUGGAUCAGGCAUGAAAGGUGUAAUUUAAAAUAUACAACACCACUGAUUUUUAACCCAAGUUGAGCUUUCUCCAUUUUCCCUGCCCUCCGCUUGAGCCUUCCCGCCCAGAAACACAUGACAGACAACCAUUUUCUCAUUAGUUUUCACUUUCACCUUCUUUUUUUGUGCUACAUGGGUAAUUUUUUGUUUUUUUGAUUUUUAUUUUUCAGUUUACAAAUGAAGUUGCCAAAGCUCUUGGGGCAGGGUCUUGCAGAACGAAAUAUCGGUAGGAAUAUGCAAACUUGUGUUGCAGAGUGUGAUUAUGUUUGUGGUGUUGUGACUUUGAAAGUCACCUGUCUGGAUUUCAUUUCCUUCAAUAAAGACGCAAAAUGUUUUUGUUGGAAAAAA